AUGUAUGUAGGCAACAUAGAUGUUGAUGUAAGACGAAAGGAUCUUGAAUUUGAUGUGGGAGAUAGGGUAUUCUUGAAAGUGGCACCUAUGAAGGGUGUUCUGCGUUUUGAAAAGAAGGGAAAGUUGAGUCCUCGUUUUGUUGGACCGUUUGAGAAUCUAAAACGAAUUGGUCCUGUAGUAUACCGUUUGACGUUUGCCUCCAUCACUCUCGACUAUCCAUCUCAUGUAGUGGAUUAUGAAGCAUUGGAAAAUGAUGAGAAUUUGAGCUAUGGGGAGCAACCAGUUGAUGAGAUUUUGGCUAGAGAGUUGUUGCUGAAGGACCUUCGCCGUUCUUCGUCUCCAUUCAGGCGUCGGGUAUUCAGACAUAGCCUUGCCAUUAACUUCACUGUUAUCCAAUCAUUCAGUCUCUCUAUUUCAUCCGAUGCAGCCAGUUGA